AUGAUGUUCCGGUCGCAUGAGCUAUGGGAUUUGGUGGAGACUGGUUUUGAAGAUCCGAAUCCGGAGGAACCCGAUCAACCUCUACGGGAGAAACGUAAGAAAGAUGCAAAGGCUUUGUUCUUCAUCCAAUCGGCACUGGAUGAGGAUAUUUUGUCCAGAAUUUCGGCAGUUAACACANCUCAUGAAGCAUGGGAGAUCUUGAAGCAAGAGUACAUGGGAGCUCAGAAGGUUAUCCCUGUGAAGUUACAAACUUUGCGUUAA